UGAACCGCGUAAAAAUGCUUUAGGACGCUCUCGGCGUUUGUCUUUCAUCCGUCUGAACCAAGGACGAGCCUGAAGCGGAGCUAUUCUUCACGACCAGGUGUAACACUGUCUUAAGCCUGAGGGGGGCAGAAUGCCGGAGCAGAGCAACGACUAUCGUGUGGUGGUGUUCGGGGCAGGGGGAGUGGGGAAGAGCUCCUUGGUCCUGCGCUUCGUGAAGGGCACCUUCAGGGACACCUACAUCCCCACAGUAGAGGACACCUACCGCCAGGUGAUCAGCUGCGAUAAGAGCGUGUGCACGCUCCAGAUCACCGACACCACGGGGAGCCACCAGUUCCCGGCCAUGCAGCGCUUGUCCAUCUCCAAAGGCCACGCCUUCAUUCUGGUCUACUCCAUCACGAGCAAACAGUCCCUGGAGGAGCUCAAACCCAUUUACCAACAGGUCCUGGCCAUAAAGGGCAACGUUGAGGCCAUCCCCAUCAUGCUCGUGGGCAACAAGAGCGACGAGACCCAGCGGGAGGUGGAGACCAAGGACGGGGAGGCUCAGGCCAACCAGUGGAAGUGCGCCUUCAUGGAGACAUCAGCCAAGACCAACCACAACGUAACCGAGCUCUUCCAGGAGCUCCUCAACCUGGACAAGAAGAGGAACAUGAGCCUCAACAUCGACGGCAAGCGCUCGGGGAAGCAGUCCCGCGCCGAGAGACUGAAGGGCAAAUGCAGCGUGAUGUAAAUCCAGGAGAGGAGGAGAGGGGAGGUGGAGGCGAGAGAGGGAGGAGGAAAUACAGAGAAAAGGUAAAGGAAAAGAAGGGAGACGAGAGAAAAGAGAGACUCACUGAACGUAUCACUCAGAGCAAAACGUCUGGAAGGCAACGGGAAUCUCAUCAUCCACAUCCUCCUCUGUUUGACCGGCGCAUUCACAAACACAACUUACAUACCGGAAACAUACCGGAUUUCAGCUUGGAGCAUUACAUCCAUGUGCAUUUUGCUUAAAGAAGAGAUGAGGGGAACUGUCAUAGAGUAACGAGAAGUAAAUUAAAAACAAAAAGCGUGUGUCACAGAAGAAAACCUGUGGACGUCAGCCAUGAAUGGGAAACAGGGUGAGUGUGGACUUUUGCAUCGUCCUAGUGCCACAAAACCUGGCUGAGGAUCUCAUCAACACCUUGGACUGCAAUGAAGACCACAGACUACAGCCCCCCUUGACAAAGACUGAAGGUUUCUGAUCUAAACAAAAGUGCCCUCUCUCACUUCU